GGUUAAAAAAUAGCAGACGGAGCAACCCAAAAAAAGCCUCUUCGAACCUUCCGGUAUAUUCCCAUUUUUCUCUCCUUCUUCUUCUUCUUCUUCUUCAAAACGCGUCAUUUUUCGUAUCCCCAAAUCCCAGAAUCGGAGAGCACAAUCAUCAAUGGCGACAACAAUGACCACCACCACAACCCUAACCCUACAUCAUUCCUCUCCAUCCCCUUCCUCUGCUCCCCAACACCAACAACAGCAAUCGCAAACCCUCACUCUGCGACUCAAUCGCAGGAAGAAGAAGGUGACAUGGAAGGAAGGCACCGUCGACAACGAGUUCCUCCAGAAGAAAAGCUCCAAGAAAUGCUGCAUCUUUCACAAGGACAAGCCCUUCGACGAAGACGACUCCGACGAUGAUCCCAACGAUGGCCACGAUCAUGAUCAUCCCGAUGCUUGCUCUUCAACCAGUAAUGGACGAAAGUGAAUUCCCAAGAUUUUUAUGAAUUUAUUGCAUACAAGUUUAAAUUUCAAUUCCCCCCCAAAUUUGGGGCUUCAAUAGUUUUGCAACUGUUACUUUUUCGUUUUUAAACUCUUUACAAUGUUUUAGAAGAGUUUAUUAUUGUUGAUUUUGUGACUUAUUUGAAUGUUAGCUUGUAUUUCUUCUUUGUAUUUAGAAGAUUCUGUUUGUUUAUAUUACUCAACCAUUUGUUAAAGAUUGUAAGCUCUGGUUAUCUAUAAAGUUUUUAUUUUUUUUGGGCAAA